AUGACAUGGGUCCGUCAGAAUACCACCAUUCCCAUCCCCGCCAUCAUUCGCUACGAUUCAACCGACGAUAAUAUCAUCGGUCAUAAAUUCACUCUCCUUAACAAGGUUCCCGGGAAGAGUAUCGAUCAGAUUUACCAUACUCUGUCAAUCGAACUCCGGUCCAAGAUCGUCCACCAACUGACCGACUAUCUGAUCGAGCUUCAUGCGCACCCCUGGGACGGUUAUGUCGGGGGAUUGACUCUCACCAAUGGAGAAAUCACACCGGGUCCUCCAAUUGAUGAGAAUUUCUGGCAAGUGCCCGAUCUAGAGAACUAUUGGGCGGGGUCUGAGUCCCUGGAAUCGUUGAAUCCGAUUCCUUCACAAGGUUUUUCUAGUUUUGCGGCCUUUACCGUCGCCUGUCUCAAUCCCUACAUCUACGCUAUUGAAAAACAUCCGUCGCUGGAAUCCUAUAGAGAUCUAAUUCCGAGGAUUCACGCCUUCGCUACUGCUAUUCAGGACAAUGUCGAACAGCUUAAUCAGGUCGUCUAUGUCCUCGCACAUAAGGAUCUCCAUUUUGCAAAUAUAAUGUGUGACCCCGACCAUCCCGACUAUCCCAUUACCGCUAUUCUGGACUGGGAGUUCAGCGGUGUAUUGCCCGCACCUCGCUGGAACCCACCUCGAGCCUUUUUAUGGAAUAUGAAAUGGUCCCCCGAGGAUAAAGAGGAGCAGACCCGGAUGGAAGAGCUCUUUGAAUCCAUCUGUCGUGAAAAUGGGACAGGGAAGACCCUACAAGAUAUGGAGUUGAAUCCACUUCAAAACUCCAUGCAAACUGCUGUGAAUCAUAUUCGUGCUAUUGAGGAAGUCUGUCCCCGCGGCCAGGCCCAAGACCGAGUUUCCCACUGGCGUGGGGUGGCUGAGGCCGCGAUGGAGGUGUUUGGAGUUUAG